AUGGCAUCAACAGCGUCUGCUGAAAAGUAUCCCAUCGACGAAAAGCCACAGGUCGAGGCAUCUGAACAACGCGACGGGACGGGAUCCAUCGAAUCUGGCGACCAGGCAGAGUGGCGACACGGCGUCGACGCUCAGCACGAACAUCGCAUUCUCAGAAAGUUGGAUGUUCACUUGCUACCCUUUGUCUCUCUUCUCUACCUUCUUUCAUUCCUGGAUCGUUCGAAUAUUGGGAAUGCGCGUGUUGCAGGCAUGGCUACAGAUCUACAUCUCGUUGGUCUGCAGUACAAUAUCGCCGCAGCCGUCUUUUUCCUGCUUUAUUGCGCGGCAGAAAUUCCCAGUAAUAUUCUCCUCAAGUUGCUGCGUCCAUCGCGAUGGAUUCCCUCGAUUAUGGUUUCGUGGGGAAUUGUCAUGACGUUGAUGUGUCUCGUCAAUAGCUUUACCGGACUUGUCAUUGCUCGCAUUUUCCUUGGUCUCACCGAAGCUGGUCUCUUCCCUGGAGUCACAUUCUACCUCUCCCUCUGGUACAAACGAUCAGAGCAGUCGAGGCGAGUUGCCAUCUUCUUCUCCGCUGCGACAGUCGCUGGUUCAUUUGGUGGCAUUCUUGCAUACGGAAUCGAAAAACUCGAUGGACGCGCUGGUCUCCACGGGUGGCAAUGGAUCUUCCUCCUCGAAGGUAUCCUGACCGUUCUCGUUGCCGUUGUCGCCUACUGGUACAUGCACGACUACCCUUCCACUGCAACAUUCCUGACUCAAAGUGAACGUGACUUUGUCGUCGAGCGCCUCAAGCACGACUCGACAGACCUCGCAACGCACUAUGACAAAAAGUUUGUCUUCCAGGCGCUCACCGACUGGAAGUGCUGGAUGCAAGUCGUCAUCUACCUUGGCGUUCUCAUCCCCGUCUAUGCCUUUUCGCUCUUCAUCCCAACCAUUAUCAACGAACUUGGCUACCGCGCAUCCGACGCCCAACUCCUCUCGACGCCACCGUAUAUCGCCGGCUGCUUCUUCACUGUCCUCAUCGGCAUCUACUCUGACAAACUCAAACUCCGAGGCCCAAUCGUCAUCGGAUGCGCUACCGUCGCUAUUAUCGGAUACGCCAUCCUCUACGCUACCCCGCAUACUCGUCCUGGGCAAAGCUACGCUGGUACGGUCAUCGCUGCCUGUGGUGUCUUCCCUAGUAUUGCCGUCGUGCUGGCCUGGACGGGAGGAAAUGCCGGUGGAGAUAUCAAGCGUGGUGUCUCGCUUGCCAUGACGAUUGGAAUUGCGAAUCUUGGAGGUAUUUGCUCGUCGUUUAUCUAUCGUUCAAAGGACGCUCCUCGCUUCUACAUUGGACACGGAACCGUCAUUGGAUGCUUGCUCCUUGCCAUCAUCUCCUCUUCGGUCGCCAUGUUUACCUAUCACCGACUCAAUAAGCAAAAGGAGGAACAAUGCCUCCGCGAGGGCAUUGACCAUUCGCAUGCACCCAAGUUCCGCGACAUGGGUGACGCUAGUCCACUCUUCCGUUAUACAAUCUAG